UUUAUGAAUUUGUGAAAGUGAAUCAGAAGGUGGGGCUAAGAAAAGGGUGGUGUUGGAAUUUUUAAAAAGUAUUUCUACAGUUAGAGGUUGCUUAACACAGCCACAGUCUCUGACAAAAGGAACCAAUUGCCAAUUCUGCUCCAGUGGAAGAAAACAAGAUUUUCCCAAUGGACUCUCUAGCAAAAUCUAUCAACCAGUUUGCUCUGGAGUUUAGCAAAAAGCUAGCUGAAUCUGCUGAGGGUAAAAAUAUCUUCUUUUCUCCCUGGGGCAUCUCAACCUCCUUGGCCAUGGUGUAUUUGGGCACCAAAGGCACCACUGCAGCCCAAAUGGCCCAGGUUCUUCAAUUUAGCAGAGACCAGGACAGCAAAUCGUGUCCUGACAGUUUUGAAAAGAAAAGGAAAAUGGAAUUCAACGUGGGCAAGGCUGAAGAAAUAUACUCUGAUUUUCAGACACUUAUCUCAGAAAUCAACAAUUCCAGCAAUUCUUGCAUACUGAAAACAGCCAAUAGGAUCUAUGCGGAGAAAACUUAUCCAUUUCACAAUAAAUAUUUAGAAGACAUGAAAAGGUACUUUGGUGCAGAGCCACAGUCUGUGAACUUUAUGGAAGCUCCUGACCAAAUCAGAAAGGAGAUCAACUCUUGGGUUGAAAGCCAGACCGAGGGAAAAAUCCUGAAUCUCCUACCUGAUGAUGCUGUGGAUUCUGCAACCAGAAUGGUGCUGGUGAAUGCCCUUUACUUUAAAGGAAUCUGGGAACAUCAAUUCUUAGUCCAAAAUACGACAGAAAAGCCUUUCAGAAUAAACAAGGCUACAAGCAAACUAGUGCAAAUGAUGUCCAUGAAAGAAAAACUUCAAGUAUUUUACAUAGAAGAGCCACAAACCAUAGGCCUUCAACUCUACUAUGAGAGCCGUGACCUCAGCCUACUCAUACUACUGCCAGAAGACAUCAGUGGGCUGGAUCAGCUGGAAAAGGCCAUCACCUUUGAGAAGCUGAGUGAGUGGACCAGCACAGACAUGAUGGAGUUGUGCGACGUGCAGCUGCAUCUCCCCAAGUUCAAGCUGGAAGAGACUUAUGAUCUCAAGUCAACCCUAAGCAGUAUGGGGAUGAGUGAUGUCUUUAGCCAGAACAAAGCUGAUUUCUCAGGAAUGUCUAAGGAUAGAAACCUAUUUCUGUCUAAUGUUUUCCAUAAGUCUUUUGUGGAAAUAAAUGAACAAGGUACAGAGGCCGCAGCUGGUACUGGGAGUGAGGUAAGCUUUCGAAUUAAACUCCCCUCCAUUGAAAUCAAUGCAGACCACCCGUUCCUCUUCUUCAUCAGGCACAACAAAACCAAUAGCAUUCUAUUUUACGGGAGAUUCUGCUCCCCUUAAAUGCUGCAUCUGUCUCAUCAAACAAGAGCAUCUUGCAGUGUCAAAAAUGCACAUAUGAUGGAAAAACACAAAAUAAAAACCAAUUUGUAGCCUGGCUCUUUUUAACAUACAAAUAUUAGCAAAAUUAUUUUGAAAUAAUAUAUUCUAGUGAUCCUAUCAUGUCUAUAUAGCUAGAUAGAAUGGCAAAUUUUAUUUUUUAAACAUUUUAUCUUAAUGUGACUUUUAUUUACAUUUCAGAAAUUCGGUUAUUCAAUCGAAUGCCUUAAAAUGCUUGAACUAUCUGGUCACUGUAUUUUCACUGUCAUUUAUUUUCACAUGCAUCAUUUAGUGAAGAAAAACCUUUAGGUGAUAUGUUGAUAAACAAGAAUCUUCUCAAGACUAUUACUUGGGUGGUUCAUAAAUUACCACUGUAAAAGUAAAUCCCCCUUUCCUGCUAUUUUAAAAAUACUUAUGUUGACAUUAAUGGAAAAACUAGUGAGGUCCAAUGAAAUUUGGUUUAGUUAAUAGUAAUGUACCAAUGUUAGCUUCUUAGUUUUGAAAAAAGGUACCACUAUAAUAUUAGAAGCUAGCAUUAGAAGAAAUUGUGUCAGAGGUGUAUAGGAAUUCCCUGUUUAAUCUUUGUAACUUUUCUGUGAAUUUAAAAUUAUUCCGAAAUAAAAAUUUUAUUGGAACGAAU